GUAUUAUCGUAAGCCUCCUGUUGCCUGUUUGGGAGUCUUUCUGAUGUGCCUCGGCAAUGACCUUCUCCUUUGUCUGCUCUCUUGACUUUGAUAUGCCUGCAAGAGGUUUUGAUCAUGACUGGUGUGAUGGGCCCCAAGUGAAUUGGCCUGAAGUACUGUGAUUCCAGCCAUGGCAGAGAGAAGCCAUGAGUGUCGGGAACGAUGCUACAGAAUAAUCCAGAAGAGGCUGCCAGUGCUAAGGUGGCUUCCCAAAUAUUCUCUGCAAUGGCUGCAGCUCGAUCUCGUUGCUGGACUGACGGUGGGAUUGACUGUUGUGCCACAAGCUCUUGCCUACGCUGCAUUGGCUGGUCUCCCAGUGCAGUAUGGCCUCUAUUCCUCCUUCAUGGGCUGCUUUGUCUACUGCCUCCUGGGGACAUCAAAAGAUGUGACACUGGGCCCGACAGCUAUCAUGUCGUUACUGGUUUCGUCCUAUGCAUUCCAUGACCCUUCCUAUGCCAUCCUGCUCACCUUCCUCUCGGGCUGCAUCCAGUUAGCUAUGGGGCUGCUACAUCUUGGUUUCCUUCUGGACUUUAUCUCCUAUCCUGUCAUUAAAGGGUUUACUUCAGCUGCUGCAGUCACCAUUGGCUUCAAUCAAGUCAAGACGCUCCUGGGCCUGCAGAACAUCCCACGCCAGUUUAUCCUUCAGGUGUACUACACCUUCUGCAGAAUGGGAGAGACAAGGGUUGCGGAUGCUGUUCUUGGGCUGUUCUGCUUGACAGCACUUACGGGGCUACAACAAAUGAAAAAGAGCAUCCUAAGCAACCGGAUGGAACCGUUGUCUUGUCAGGUCAGCCAGCUUGUUGUCUGGACACAGCUACAGGUUUUCCGUAAUGCUCUUGUGGUCCUGUUUGCUGGUCUCGUGGCCUACUCCUUCCAGGUAACAGGCUCCCAGCCCUUCACCCUCACAGGGGUUACGCCCCAGGGACUCCCAUCCUUCCAGCUGCCACCGUUCUCCGAGGUCACGCCCAAUGGAACCGUCUCCUUUGGAGGGAUGGUGCAGAAAAUGGGAGCUGGUCUGGCUGUGGUGCCUCUGAUGGGACUUCUGGAGACGGUUGCUAUUGCCAAAGCUUUUGCCUCUCAAAAUAACUACCAAAUCGACCCCAACCAGGAGCUGUUGGCCAUGGGUUUCACCAACCUCCUGGGAUCCUUCAUCUCAUCCUUUCCUGUCACAGGCAGCUUUGGCCGGACAGCAGUGAAUGCGCAGACUGGUGUUUGUACUCCUGCUGGAGGCCUAAUCACAGGGGCCCUGGUGCUACUGUCUCUUGCCUUCCUUACCUCUGUCUUCUUCUACAUUCCCAAGGCUGCACUGGCAGCUGUCAUCAUCUGUGCUGUGGCUCCUAUGUUUGAUGCCAGGAUCUUCUACACGUUAUGGCAGGUUAAAAGGCUGGACCUGGUGCCGCUGUGCGUAACGUUCUUCUUCUGCUUCUGGGAGCUGCAGUAUGGAAUCAUAGCAGGGGUGCUGGUCUCAGGUACUCUGCUACUACCCAUUGCCAGGCCACGGAUAAAGGUCCUGGAGCAUGAGCAGGAGACGCUGUUUAUACAGCCUGCGGUGGCCUGAUUUCCCAGCCAUGAGUUCCUGAGGGAUACAGUGCGCAAACGGACUCAGUCAGAGUCUCAACUGUGCAACAUCAUUCUGGACUGCACCCACGUCAGCAACAUUGAUUACACAGCAGCUGGCAUGUCUGAGUUGAUCCAGGAAUUGCAGCAUAGGAGACUCACUCUGGUGUUUAUUGGCUUGCAGACACAUGUUCUUCAAGUCUUCCUGGCUGCUGGUCUGGAAGGAUUCCAUCAUUUCCCCAACCUGAAGGAUGCAGAGAAGAGCCUUGAAGAGGAACUGAGCCAUGCCGGUGAAGCCUGGUUGGAUGGCAGUGACAGCAUACUGCCAACAUCUGGGAUCAUCCAGUGAGGAUACAGAAGUAAUAGAUGCCUGUGACCAAACAAUAGAGUGCUACCAGGCUUGACAGUGAAGCUUCGGGCCAUGAACAAUUUGGAGCGUGAACAUUAGGUGGCAGAUGUUCUGUACCCUUUAUUCAUGCAUUUUCAGGCAUCCCACCACUUGAAUUCAGAAGCUGCUCACACUCCAGGACUGUUCAGUGUGAAGAAUAGUAACCUCUUUGCCUCCCUU